CGUAUGUUAGUUCACACACAAACAAAAAAUCUGGUGGAGAACUCGGAAAUUUAUUGGUGACAUUGAAACUUGAAUUUGAAUUGUAAAUUAUUCCUACGUGGAAAGAAUAAUGCGGCGUGCGAUUGCGAAAUAAUGGCGAUCGAACUGGUCUGCGGACACGCGACAACAUAUCCUAAAACGCGUAUUCGCAAUGAGAUCGUCUUAUCGCGCGCAAUAAUCUCUCAUUGAGUUUAUUUAUUUACUCGACAGCUUUUGUUUGGCAUUUGGCGACAGUGGGAUUACACGGUCUUCCAGUCGAACGUCAUCAUGAGCAAACACGAUUAACGGAUAUAAACACAAACAAUAAAUUCAACUAUCGUGACACAAAAUAAUUGACGAAAAUAUUUUGCGUGUGAAAUACAAGAUUUUGUAAUUAUGCACGAGGCAUCGUUUGCGUCUUUCCGUGACGGUACCCGUGGCAAAUGAGGUCAGCACGCUCCACAUAGCAUGCAUCUCCACUCGACAAGACAAACCUGAAAGCUCUCUUCGUUUAAUUGGCCUACAUAACCGCUCCGACAAUUAUGAAUUUGCAAACGCUUUUUCAAGACUUCAACCCGAGUAAAUUUCUGGUACACACAUGUUUGAUGAUAUUCACAUCUCUAUUUGCUCUUCGAUUGGAUGGUUUUAUUGAAUGGAGUUAUUGGUCGAUAUUCAGUCCGAUAUGGUUCUGGAAAGGUAUGGUGAUCCUGGGAGCGAUAGUUGGAAGCUAUGUCUGGUGGAGGCAUCCUCACGCGAGAUUAGAAGGAGAUGCCUAUGUACAUUAUAAAGCAAUGUUGAUUACUCUGGCGUUGCAUCUGAUCUUGUUGAUGUUCGAAUUGUUAGUAUGUGACAAAUUAGAAUCUGAGAGGCACUUAUGGAUACUGGUAUUCAUACCUUUGAUUUUUAUCUCGAUAGUAUCAAUUGCGGUUUGCAUUUGGGCUGUAAAACAUGAUCGGUCGUUUGAAUUGGAACUCUUUUGUGCAGUGAAUGUAUUACAAUUUAUCUUUUUGGCUUUGAGAUUAGACGGCUUUAUAACAUGGAGUUGGGAAGUUGUAUUUGUGCCACUAUGGGCACUUCUUUGUUUAUCCUUGGUAGCUGUUUUAUAUGCAAUAGUAUUUGCUGCUGUUUUAUUGAGAACGCCACAAAUCAAUGCCCGGCAAAGGCGGACCUCUUUACAUUCAGCGGUGGCGUAUACAUUUCUCGUUGUUCCCAUUUUAGUAUUUCAGGUACUGCUAGCGAAUAAAUUAGAUGGAGAUAUUUCAAUAAAUUAUAUAACAGUGGCAAUGCCACUUCUCCUAUCGCACAUGACUCUUAUUUUUAUGUCUUUUGGUGCAAAAGGCGGAAAUAGAUGGUGGUUUGGUAUCAGAAAAGACUUUUGUCACUUCCUGCUAGGUUUAUGUCCAUUGCUUCAAGAAUAUGGUAAUAUUUCUUAUCAACCAAGAGACGAACGAGAUCAAUUACCAUCUGAGCCAAUGAUUACAGAAAAGAGCGAGAAACUUAUUAAGAAGAUCGACCUAAUGAAACCUGUUGUGCCUAUAAUCUCUAUAGACAUGCCUGACUGAUUGGCUCAAAACAGGAUUAGCUCGGCUAUUUUUAAAUUGUUAUUU